UCUCAUUUCACCGCAUCUUAGAAUUGAUUUUUUCAGUCGCAAACACAAACAUGCUCUUCAAAAUUGUUGUCAUUGCAGUUCUCUGCGGAUUGGUGUCUGCUAAAGAGACGAAAAUCGAGCUGACGGGAAAUUACUACUUUGGGACAACAACUAAAGCAUUUUACGAUGCAAGAAUUUUCUGCAACGACAACGGUCUGAAUCUAGUUUCCAUCGAAACCGCCGAAGAGGCAGCACUGAUUCAGUCCCUGGCACCUGAGGGUGGAUUUUACUGGACGUCCGGCACUGACGUGAACCAAGAGCACGGAAGCUUUUUCUGGGCCUCCGGAUUGCCGAUUUCACUCAGCGACGGACUGUGGGCCGCCAACGAGCCGAAUGACUACCUGACCGCCCCGACCGAGGUUUCUGUCGCGUUCGACUUGGACAGCGGCACUAUCGGAGACUACGUCUUCUGGGACUACUACAAAUUCAUUUGCGAGUUGCCCUAAUUGUUUGCGGGAUGGAAUAAAUUAAAUGAGAUAUUGUUGUCA